CAAAUGAGUCUGUGGGGUUUACAUGAAUUCAUCUACAAACAUUGAUUUCUGUUUUUAUUGAGUGAACAGGAGUGUCUCUUCAACUCCUAUAAGUGAUCAGUUGAGUAGCUUCCCCUGGAUGAAUGUAGCUCAGUGUUCUGUCGUGUUUGGCGUCCCCUCAAACGUACAGAUUGUCUCUUAAAAUCACGCCUGGCGUUCUGAAACAUUUCCUCAUUUCAGAAACUGAAGUAUUUUCCACGCAGACGGAGAUGUUGUGGAAACUCAAAGAGCAAAGUCCCAGUUAGAUUUUCUUUAUCCCGAGCGAGCGUUUGAACACGUUCUGGGUUUCACACGGCCGGGGGAGUGUGGCCUGAUGUCAGGCUCUCUGGAUCGGUCCUGAUCAGACCAUAUGCGGAGAACCUUCUGACUGAGAAUGGAUCCCACACAAAGCUUAUGCUUUCAAUACACAAUGCAGAUGACCGCUGCCAGAAAUGUAUGGAUGGAGAUCCAUUGUUUAUCAUAGGCCCCGUUCAGCAAAAGUCAUCCUGCUAAUUCAUCAGCUUUGCACAUUUGAAUAACAACACGUCGUGGCCCCUGGGGUCGGGUAUAAAUAGGCUCAUGAAUCAUGGAGUUAGCAGAGCGAGUUUUACCAUCCACUGGGAACUACCAAACUAACAUCAUGGGCAAGAUCAUCUUCUACGAGGACAGGAAUUUCCAGGGUCGCUCCUAUGAGUGCAUGAGCGACUGCUCUGAGCUGUCCUCCUACCUGAGCAGGUCUCAGUCCUGCAGGGUGGAGAGUGGCUGCUUCAUGGCCUAUGAGCGCCCCAACUUCAUGGGCAUGCAGUUCUUCCUGAAGAGGGGAGAGUACUCUGACAUGCAGCGCCUGAUGAGCAUGGGCAUGACCUUCGAGACCAUCAGGUCCUGCAGGAUGAUCCCCUUCCACCGGGGUCAGUUCAGGAUGAGGAUCUACGAGAGGGAGAACUUCGGCGGUCAGAUGAACGAGCUGAUGGACGACUGCGACAACAUCAUGGAGCGUUACCGCAUGUCUGAGUGCCAGUCCUGCAACGUGAUGGACGGACACUGGCUGAUGUACGAGCAGCCCCACUUCAGAGGCAGGAUGAUGUACCUGAGGCCUGGCGAGUACAGGAACUUCAUGAACCUGGGCAUGAGCGGCAUGAGGAUCCAGAGCAUGAAGCGUAUCAUCGACAUGUGCUAGAUUCUCCCUUUGACAUAAGAAAAUAAAAAGAUGUUUCAUUCAUAA